UUGCUUUCACAGCCCUCUCUCUUUCUAUCUCACACAAUUCUCUUCCAUAUGGUAUUUGUGAGAUAACAAAAAGGAAAAAGGGGUUCCUUCCUUCCCUUCCUCUCUUUCUUUCUAAAUGCUAUCAACGGAAAAACCCUUUCCUUUUUCUUCUUGACAAAGAAGAAUAGGAAGAAGAUUCUCCUCUGAGAGUUGGUUUUUUUUUAUUGUUUUAGGGGAGAGAGAGAGAGGGAGCUUGUGGCUAUGGACGCCUCUGCUACCAUUGUUGGUGGUAUUGUUGUUGGGCUCAAAGAUAAGGAGUCCAUGGUGGACCCCUUCUUGGUUGAGGCUCUCCAGAACCCUCGUCAUCGUCUCACAAUUUUGCGAAUGGAACUUGAUAUCCAGAGGUUUUUGCACAAUCCUGAUCAGCAGCAAUUUGAAUUCCAACAUUUUCCUACUUCCUACCUUCGGCUUGCUGCACAUCGUGUUGCUCAACACUAUGGCCUCCAAACUUUGGUUCAGGAUACUGGUUUAGAUGGUCAGGGUAAUAGAAUUUUGGUGAGAAAAAUAGGAGAAAGCAGAUACCCUGCUGUCCGUUUAUCUGAAAUUCCUGCAAAUCAGCCAGAAAAUGAUAAACCUGAGAAAGUUAAAAUUGCCAUCAGGCCUAGGCCUAACAGAAAUUCUUUAAAUGACGCUAAUGAUGGUGGGAUCAGAAAAAGUUCUAUGAGAAGUGUGGAAGAGAGGAAGGAGGAGUAUGACAAGGCACGAGCUCGCAUCUUUAGUAGCCCUAGCAGUCCUGAUUCAGAUGAUACAUUGUCUCAGGUCUCAACUGAGGGGAAAAAUGUUUGUUUGAGCAGGGAUGAGAAUGAAGGUUUCAGGAACUUUAUGAUUGAUCCGGAAAAGAAUACUACCAUCAAGGAUGCUGGUUCUUCGUCUCGAGUUGCCAUUUUCAGAGAUAGGGAAAAGGAUCGUACUGACCCAGAUUAUGAUCGUAGUUAUGAAAGGUAUGUUAGGAACCUUCCAGCCAAUCAAAACUAUAACCUGGUCCCUUUCAAUAUGCAAAAGGUACAACCUCCAUUUGUGCAGUACGAUACUGGUUUUUCUCAGUUGGGUCAGAUGCCAAGGACACUCAGCUACGGGCCUCCUUCAAGCCCAGCUAUGAGCCCUUUUUGUGCCAUGGGAUUGGAUCAGACGUCUGGAGAUGCUGCUGCUUACAUGCAGUGGUCAAGUACUGCGAUGAUGUAUGCACAUUCAUAUGAGCCGUUUAGACAUGCUGUUUUCCAGGCUCCAUUCUGCCAGCAGCCACUUUCUUUUGAUUAUUCACAAAAUCAUUAAGAGCCAUUUAGAUGGGGAUUGUACAACUGAUUUACAUGCAGAUCUUAUUAUUAUACCUUUAGAGUGCUUUGAGAUUAGGUUUAUUGUUUUUUGUGACUUUGUUACAGACCUUUGAUGCAGUUCUAGCUUGUUUGUUUUGUUACUCAUUUUGGAUCUUAAUAUUAGUAAUGGAGUGUAAUGAUUUUACUCUUAAUCAAACCAUUGUUCUAUUGUAGUGGAAUCAUACCUUUUUUUUCUUC